AUGGCCGGCUCGUCCGGAGGGCUCCCCGCCGAGCUGCAAGAGGGCAUCGCUGCCUUCCUGGGCGCCAAGAAGAUCCUCCUGGUCAAGGCGGUCCAGCUGCAGGUGAAAUCCAAGUACGAUGACUACAUCUUGGUGCUGACCCCCUGGCGAGCCUACGUGCUGCUGGUGGUGCUGCCAGUGAGGGUGCACAGCAGUUUCAGCUUCCUGGAGGUGCGGGAGAUGACGGUGCGAGAGCCCAGCCUGGUUGCCAUAGAAACAGAUACAUCUUCUUAUGCCUUCCGGCUUAUGUCGUUUGAGGAUGUGGAGCAAGUUGUCAUCCAUGUCACCAUGUCACUUAAGAAGGUCUUUCCAGACUCGUCCCCUGGAACGCUGCUCAAGAACUCGCCGCCCGACGUGUACGAGAGGAUCUGCAGGAUCACAGACUCCCUGGAGGAAAUGCUGCAGAGCAACCAGGGGCCCUGCGGUGGCUUUUCAGAGACGUACGCUGCUCUGUGCRACUACAACGGCUUUACCUUCCGCGAGGAGAUCCAGUGGGACGUGGACAACAUCUACCACAGCCAAGACUGCCGGGAGUUCAACCUGCUGGAUUUCAGCCACCUGGAGAGCCGGGACGUGGCACUGAGCGUUGCUGCCCUGUCCUUCAACCUGUGGUUCACAAGGCUCUACUGCAAGGACUUCAGACUGAACCUGGAGAUUUCAGAGCAGCUCCUGUAUAUGCUGAGCAAAUCGGUGAAACUGGAGGAGCUGGUGCUGGAAAACAGCGGGCUGAAAGCUGACUUUGCUCAGAGGAUGGCCCAGGCCCUCAGCAGACAUCCUGACUCGGUGCUCCACUCCAUCAAUCUUGCUGGCAACCAGCUGGAAGACAGAGGGGUAAUUGCCUUCAGCCGGCACGUGGAGAAGAGGCCCAAGGGCCUGCAGAGCCUCAACUUGGCCAGGACAUCGCUCACUGCUAAAGGAAUGAGCACGUUGUGCCAGGCCCUCGCGGCCAACCAAGUCAUCGGCUCUUCCCUCCGGCACCUGGACCUCUCCGGCAACCCCGGCACCCUGGCCGUGGAUGACACUAGCAGUUUGCAGAGCCUGCUCUGCCGUUGCGACUCCCUCUCCCACCUCAGCCUGUCCGGCACCGACUGCUCUUUAGACACUAUCUUUGGAGCACUGGCCCACGGGUGCUGCACCAGCCUUGUCCAUCUGGAUCUCUCCAAAAACRUGUAUUCUCACAAGAGAGUAAAAGAUGUCUCUCCUGCUAUCAAGCAGUUUUUCAGCAAGGCCUGUGCCCUCAGRCACGUCUCCCUGGCAGGUACCAAGCUGCCUCCAGAUGCUGUAAGGGCCUUACUGCAAGGGCUGGCGGACAACAGUGACAUCAGUGACCUGCACCUGGAUCUUAGCAGCUGUGAGCUGAGGUCAGCGGGGGCCCAAGUCAUCCAAGAUCUCAUCUCUGAUGCCAAUUCUGUCAGUGACCUAGAUUUGUCCGACAACGGUUUUGACUCCGAUAUGGUGACACUGGUGCUGUCCAUUGGCAGAAGCAAGUCCAUUAGGCAUGUCUCUUUGGGAAAAAACUUCAACAUCAAAUCCAAAGACGGGCUGGUGGAUGUGCUGCACCGUAUUGUCCAGAUCACCCAAGAAGAUGACUGUGCUCUGCAGUCGCUGUCGGUGGCCGAGUCGCGCCUCAAGCUGGGAACCAACGUCCUGCUCAGCGCCCUGGGCAGCAACACCAGCCUCGUUGCGCUGGACAUCAGCGGCAAUGCCAUGGGAGACACCGGUGCCAAAAUGCUGGCCAAAGCCCUGCAGAUCAACGCAAAGCUCAGGACCGUGGUUUGGGACAGGAACAACACAACUGGCCAUGGACUCCUGGAGGUGGCCCAAGCCUUGGAGAGGAACUAUACCCUCAAGUCCAUGCCCUUGCCCAUGAGCGACGUGGCACAGGCCUAUCGGAGCAACCCUGAGAAAACGGAGGAGGCAGUGCACAAGAUCCAGUCCUWCUUGAUGAGGAACCAAAUGCGGCGUGCGCUGCCCACCCAGACCUUCCGACUGCAGCAGGGCAUCCUGACCACGUCCUCCGAGCAGAUGGUGAACGAGAUCUGCCUCAGUGUGCAGAAGCACGUUGACGUCCUCAGCUCCUGCCUGGGCAAGGAGGUGGAGACUGACAUCCUCUUCGCGGAGGAAGCCAUCAGGAACGCCAACCUGUCUGUCAGYAUUUUGCCUCUGCUGUAUGAAGCAGGCAACACCCCGUACCAGAACGGCAAGCUGCAACAUAAGAUGGAGUGUCUCACAGAGGAAGUGUCGCAGGCUUGCGGCCGGGAGAUCCAGGCGAUCAUGCAGGCAGUGCUGGACACGGCGCACAACCURUGUCCGGACAUGGUGCAAAAGAGGGGAGUCAGGGACCAGCUGGUGAACGCCAUGUCCGAGCGCAUCUACCUGCAGGACCAUCUCCACCUCAGUUCYGUCCUGGACCAGGUGGUCACCGAUGUCUUCAGCAAGCUCAAUGAAAUCAAGCUGUCCGUCACGGCGGCUGUGGCCGACUGCAUGGUGGACGCYGUGCUGGGGGACCUGAGCGCUGCCCAGUGCAAGCUGGCCGAGAAUCUCCUCAAGCACGGGCUGGAGCUGCCAUCCUUGCAGCUGGAGGCCGCUGAAGAUGAUGCCGCCGCGCCGAUGAGGGGCAGGAGUCCCCUGGAGAGCGCCGAGAAGGGCUUCGCCGCAGAAGAGUACAAGAUGGCUCUGCGGAGGAAGAACAAGCAUUUCAGGAGCAUCCGGCCCACGCCGACUAUGAGAACCCUCAUGGAGCUGCCGACCCACGGCCACAGGCUGGAGCACUGCACCAAGGCCCGGCCCCGGCCCAACCGCACGCACAGGCAGCCGCCGAGCAAGCCCAGCGUGCAGCCUGUGGCCUGUGAGAACAGUGAGGACCGGAGCAUCACACGUGUGGACGAGGGCCUGGAGGAUUUCUUCUCCAAGAAGCUCAUCACAGAAGAACUGCCCCCUGUGGCACUGGAAACCUGCCCUGGAUCCACCCUUCCGGCAUCUUCCAGCUCUCGCACCCUCAAGAAGAAAAUUGGGAACUUUUUUGCGUUCAAGAAGCCCAAGUCCAGCCGGGGCUCGAGGUGCGAGAAGGAGCCCGAGGGCGCCACGGCCCCCAAGAGCCGCCGCUCGAUGCUCAGUGACAUUUUGCGGGCGCCCAGCAAGGCAGGAGAGGCGCUGAGCAAGUCCGAGGAAGGGGGCCUGGCCGGCGAGGCCCGGGCGGAGGCCGAGCACAGCCACACGCCCGACGCUGCCCGCAGGAUCAGGCCCAAGUACUCGCGGGAGGGCAAGUCCCAGUCGCUCAUUUUGCUGUCCGGGGAGGACGAGGACGCGCUCGGGGUCAGGCAUGACAAGAAGAGGCACCUGGAGAAGAGUGACGGGGAGCUGCCCAACUCCUUUGAGCAGCGCAUGCACCUCAUGCUGCACCGCAUGGGGGUCACCAAGGGCCUGGCCACCGAGGGCAAGAAGCAGCAGAACAAGGACAAUGAGAUCAAGAAAGCCGGCUCUGACGGGGACAUCGUGGACAGCUCUGCGGACUCGCCGCCCCCCUCGCUGAAGGUGCGCACCCACUCCGUGUCCACAGGUAGGUCCCCAGCCGCCAGGACACAGGGUGGCCUCGGGGCAGACAGAUGGGGCUUUCCCCACUGUUGGCACCUUUAUGGGAGCCAGAGUAUGGGAGUCAACACCUACCACUGCCCUGACCUACGGGCACAGCCACCCUGCCCGAGGUCCCUCCCGAGGGACCGGCUCCUCCUGGCUUCUCUAGACUUGCGCCUGACGCCCCGGCUGGCUGCGCUGAGCGGGACCGGCCGCCGAGCGGUCUCCAUCCACGAGGACCAGCUCAGGGAGCCAGGGAGCCUGACGGAGCUGGAAAACGCAGCGAUCCCCCUUCGCCUGCGGCGCUCCCCUGUGCUGAAGCGGAGGGACAGACACAACUCCCUGGCGGAGGCCGAGGCACCCAGCCCGUGCUCGGACACCGCGGGUAAGGCCGGGCAGCCCGAGAGCCCCGCCGCGGAGGCACCGGAGGAGCUGCCCGGCACGGAAGCAGGAGGAGCACAGCCCCAAAGCCCGGCACAGACUGUUGCGAAUGCACAAGACUCAACCCAAGACUCAACCCUAGACCAAAGAAGCCCAGGGCCGGGCAGGGGGGAGCCGGCACCGUGA